AAAAGGGUUUUGCUGUGAGUUUUUGGUUAUCCAAGUUCUGAAUUCUGAAUUCUGAAUCCUUUCCCAUUUCACACUUCCCAGCCCACUCUAGUGCCCAUUUCAUGUCAUGCUCACUAGAUUCAGCUACAUAGCUACCUUCUUACACGCUUUCAAUUUUCCAACGCUCAUACACACAGACACGCUCACAACCUCACCAAAAUAGUUAUAUCUUCCCAACAUUUACAUUCCCACCUCUUUCCUUUUUCCCUUCACUAUUCUCGAGAUUCUCGCUAUUGCAUUAUCGUCCGCCUUCAUUCUGGGUUUAAGAUAGGGUUUAACCAGGAACACUGGUAAUAUAGUAACUCGUAGAAACUAGAAAGAGCUUUUAAGAAACUAAGAAAAGAGAAAAAAAUAAGAGAGAGAAAGAGAGAGAUAGAGUUCUUGUGUGGAGGCAAACCAAAAGACUUGGUCUUUCUCAUUGAUAUUUACACAGAUCCCUAUGGAAUGAAGUGGGUGUUCCCCAAUCUUCGCUUGCCGAGAAUUCAUUCCUUUUGCUUAGUUUAAAGAGACCCGUUUUGUUGCGUUCGUGAGAGAGACAUAUUUUUGGUGAGCUCGCAUACGAGGAGGAGUUCGGUUGGUAGAGGAGAAAAAUACUUUGCAUAGUUGUAGCAAAACAACAAAACAACAGCCAAGUUUUCUUACGCAGCAGAGGAGGCACGAGUGUUUCAUCGUUCAACACGAUCAUUAUUUUAUUUGCCAAGCAAUGAUUGCCUUGCAUUCCUUCUUCACUGUGUAGCGACUCCAAACCUUUUCGGGUGACUAAAAAGAAAGAAAACAAAAGCAGGAAGAUGAAGGGCAUGGACGAGAGUAACACCGAUGAUGGAAGCAAUCAUAACUGGUUGGGGUUCUCUCUCUCACCCCACAUGAACAUGGAGGUUACUUCAGCAGCCACUAUUCCCAACCCCACUGUUCCGACAACCUUCUACAUGUCCUCCCCUCACAUUUCCAGCUCAGGAAUCUGCUACGGUGUCGGGGGAAAUGGUAACUUCCAUUCUCCUCUUACCGUUAUGCCUAUCAAGUCAGAUGGGUCACUUUGUAUCUUGGAAGCUCUCAAUAGAUCACAAUCGCAAGUGAUGGCACCGAAUUCUACGCCUAAAUUGGAGGACUUUCUUGGUGGUGCAACUAUGGGAACUCACGAAUAUGGGAGUCACGAGAGAGGGGCAAAUGCAAUGGCUCUGAGUCUAGACAGCAUCUACUAUAGCACCCAAAAUGCUCAGGCACAACCCAACAGAGACACUCUCUCAGAAUCCUUCAGGCAACAAGGGCAUAUGAACGUCCAAACGCACCCUUAUUACUCAGGACUUGGUUGCCACGGGAUGUAUCAAGCACAGAUGGAGGAUGAAGCAACGAAGGAAGCGCACGCAUCAGUUUGCAGCUCCCUAAUGCCUCAAAUGACAGAAGAUAGUUUGAAAAACUGGAUGGCUUCAAGGGAAUAUUCAACUCAUCAGCAGGUUUUGGAGCAGGAAAUGAACUGUGGAAUGGGGAAUGAAGGAAGUGGCAUGUCUCUUGGAACUGUGGGGUGUGGCGAGUUACAGUCACUGAGUUUAUCGAUGAGUCCUGGUUCUCAGUCUAGUUGCGUCACUGCACCUUCUGGGCCUGAUUCUGUGGCUGUGGAUGCAAAGAAGAGAGGGCAUGUAAAGUUGGGUCAAAAGCAACCAGUGCAUAGGAAAUCUAUUGACACAUUUGGGCAGAGAACCUCUCAGUAUAGAGGUGUCACAAGGCAUAGAUGGACUGGUAGGUAUGAAGCGCAUUUGUGGGAUAAUAGUUGCAAGAAGGAAGGGCAGACUAGGAAAGGAAGACAAGUAUAUUUGGGGGGUUACGACAUGGAAGAGAAAGCUGCAAGAGCCUAUGAUCUCGCGGCUCUUAAGUACUGGGGACCUUCCACGCAUAUAAAUUUUUCGAUUGAAAAUUACCAUGUUGAACUCGAAGAAAUGAAGAGCAUGAGCAGGCAAGAAUACGUUGCGCACUUAAGAAGAAAAAGCAGUGGAUUUUCAAGGGGUGCUUCAAUAUACCGAGGGGUCACAAGGCACCACCAACAUGGAAGAUGGCAAGCAAGGAUAGGUAGAGUUGCUGGGAACAAGGACCUAUACCUUGGGACAUUCAGCACACAGGAGGAAGCAGCAGAAGCAUACGAUGUAGCCGCAAUCAAAUUUCGCGGCGCAAAUGCAGUCACGAACUUUGACAUUUCAAGAUACGAUGUGGAGAGAAUCAUGGCGAGUAUUAAUCUUCUCGCCGGUGAGCUUGCAAGGAGAAAUAAAGACAAUGAUCCAAGAAACGAGGGCAGGGAGUGCAGUAUGAAAAACAAUAACAAGGGUGUGAUGACAAGUGAAAAGCAGGAGGAAAUAGUUGAAGGUAGAAACAGCAAUGAAAACGAUCCAGAGUGGAAAAUGGUUUUGUUUAAUCAGGCUUCACAGCAGCAACAGUCAAAUGGCAGUGAGGAAAAAAUAAUGAACUGCGGAAAUUAUAGAAACAGUGCAUUCUCUGGGGCCCUACAAGAUCUCAUUGGGAUUGAUUCGGUGGAGGAGUGUAGCAAAAUAGGAACUCAUUUUUCAAACGCGUCCUCGCUGGUGACCAGUUUAAGCAGCUCAAGAGAGGCUAGUCCUGAGAAAACGGGUCCCUCGCUUCUGUUUCCAAAGCCCUCCAUGGAAACAAAGAUUGUGAACCCCAUUAGUACUAGUGUUACAUCUUGGUUACCCUCACCAACGGUUGAAAUCAGGCCACCUCCUGCUAUUUCUUUGUCUCACUUGCCAGUUUUUGCUGCUUGGACUGAUACUUAAGAAAGAUAGAUCCUUUUCAGUUUUCACAUUAUGCACUGUUGCUGGCUAAAUUGCACUCUUUCUUUUAUCUCA